AUGGCCUUAUCUGCUUCGGGUCUCUUUACACUCCUCGCAGUCCUCUUGGUAGGACCUCUGUACUAUGGUGGAUUGCAUAUUUACCGCAACCGCAAUGGAAUCGUUACCGAGUCGAGCACCAAACAGGAUACGAACGAUGAAGAACGGGAUGUCAUUGACACCAAACACUACCUCUUUGCGUUGAUUGGAUACGCCAUUGGUAUUGGAAACGUUUGGCGUUUUCCAUAUGUCAUUGCUCAGCACGGUGGAGGUGCGGCUCUCGUGGCCUACAUUGUGUCGGCCAUUCUAGUCGCUUGUCCUCUGUUCUUGUACGAAAUGAUCAUGGGGCAGCACACCAAAUUGUCGACCAUUCGUUGUUACGACAAGGUUCGACCCAGAUGGAAGGGUUUAGGCAUUGCCUCGGGACUUAUGCUUUUCAUAAUUCUAUGCUAUUACGGGAUGGUCAUUGCUUAUACCUUACCAUACAUUUGGAACUCCCUCCAGACCCCACUUCCCUGGAUUGCCACGGGAGCCGAAAACUUUUGGCUGGAUAAUGUACUAGGGUCGGUAGAUGAUAAUGUCAGUGGAUUGGGAGGCGUGCAGGGCACCUUGGUAGUCUCCCUGUUUUGCUUUUGGAUUAUUGUCUUCAUGACGGUCGGCUUUGGACGCGAAAUCUUGGCCAAGAUUACAGUCAUUACCGUGCUACUUCCUGUCGGAUUGAUGGCAAUCAUGGUCAUCCGUACAGUAUUUCUCGAGGGUGCUGGCGAAGGUAUCAAAUUUUACAUUGGGCGAUUUGAGAUCAAGUACUUGUGGAAUGCGAGAACCUGGGCUGCGGCUUGUGGACAGGCCCUCUUUUCAAUGUCUCCUGGACUCGGAACUGUCAUUACCUACUCCAGUUAUGCAAAGCCCAAGGAGGAUGUCUACCGUGCCUGUAUGAUUGUUUCCCUUUCGAACUGCGUGUUUAGUAUCUUUGCGGCCUUUGCCACCUUUUCGUUGGUCGGACACAUGGCUACUCAAUCGGGAGUCUCUGUCGAAGAUCUGGCGACACGCAGCGGAUCAGGAUUGGCUUUCAUCACGAUGGCUGAAGCCAUGCAAUACUUUGGUUCGGCUGCAAACGCCAUGUCGGUACUCUUCUUCUCGACUCUAUUUUUGUUAGGUUUGGAUAGUGCCUAUGCCAUGGAGCAAACUCUUACGAGUUAUGCCCUCGACUUUUUUGCCGAACGAGGCUUGCCCAAACUUCCACGCUGGAAGAUGAGCCUGGUGUGCUGCCUUGGAUCUGCCUUGGUGGGUAUCAUUUUUGCCACUCAGCGGGGAAAUGAAUUACUCGAAGUCUUUGAUCACUUUAUUGGUUCCAUUGCACUGUUAUUGGUUGCGUUUAUGGAAUCCUUAAUGCUGAACUGGGAUUUCACUUAUCAACGAUUGGAGUAUGCCUUGGCAAAGGCAACCUACAACAAUCCGUCCACUCCAACUGGGCGACGAUUGGGUCCAGCAUCCCUGUGCAAGCUUGACUUCUUUUUCACUGUCCCUAUCUUGGCUGGAGCGCUUGCCUUGUAUUUGAUUGUUUUAGACUUUAUGGAUGGAUACGGGUCCUAUCCUAAAUUUGUCCAAGCUUGGGGAUGGGUCAUUUUGGUGUUGAUCUUGAUUAUUUCAUUCUCCACCUUGUACAAGAAAGACCCAAGUAAAUUGGAAGCCUAUGAUAUGGAAGAUAUCAAGAUCAACGAUUCCGACGUUGACACUGGAAAUAGUGCUCGUAGUGGACCAUCUACUCCUACAGUGCAGCUAUCGGAGGUGGUCUAA